AACGGCAGUUCUGGCACGGAACCUUACAUUGAUCAAAACCAGCAAAAAGAUGACUACUUUUUGGACGUAGUCACCUCAUUGCUUUACUUAGUCCGCCUAGCUAUAUUCUUGCUAAUUAUCCACAUUGGCCUUCCACUCACUGGCAUUUACAUUAACCCCGCUAACGCAUACAUUCAGGCUUGGAACCCCAAAACAGUUUCACCUUGCUGCCAUCUAAUCGUCUACUGGGUUGGCCCACUACUCGGGACAUGGCUUGCUCUAUUGACGACCAGAUUUCUUUCUAUACAAGCAGCAUCACCUCGUCCCCCAAGCGCUGCGCCAACGAAUAGUUCUCUCACAUCUCAUGUAGAAUCAGUCUCCGAGGCAUGCAUUGGCGUCAGCAACGAUAGCGGGUCGAACGAAGUGAAGCGGGCUGAUCACAAAAGAGCCCCAGGUCGCGUGAGCGAUGUAAAGCAUGAAGAAGGAUUCACCCACAACCGGGCCCCGGUAUUUCAGCAGCGACAAAGAGUCGGCACUAGUGAUAGCAGCUGCAGCAGCGGAACUAGUAAACACAGUGGAAAUAUACCUAACAUGAUCGCUAGGCCCAAAAAGGCAUCUGAUGGCAAAACUCCAGCUGCUUCUUACAUUGCCCUACAGCAAAGCAACUGGGCUAAAUUUUCUAGGCCUUUAGGCCGAAGAAUAGAGGAAUCAAGUAGGAGUCUGUAUGGCAGCAAUAUUCGGAGGAACGGUUCUAAUGGCAUGAGAGAAGCGAAGCCAUCACCUGGGACCAGACAUAUUAGGCCUUCAGGCUGGUCACAUAGAAGGCUGAUCUGA